UCGUCCAGUGAUAUUUUUUAAGCAUUUCAGCUUCUCACUUUCCAGAUAUUUCAUUUUAUAGCCCAUAGCCUCAAUACAGACACGUAAGUGUGCAUAGUGUAUGUCGGUUGUGUUAAUUAACGAAUUACAUUGUAAUUCCCAGGACUGCUUACAGUUUAACCGAUACUUAAAUAAAAAUAUAAAACGAGGCAGGACCUCGACGACGAGUUCAAUAAAUUUGACACAAAUUUAUUGGAUUAAGUAAAAUCGGCUGGCAAGUGACAAUUUCUUAUGGCCAAAGGCCGAGCAAAUCCUUGAAGUUGCUCCAAAAGAGCUCUCGGCUCCACGAAUUUUUUUUUUUUUUUAUUCUUAUUUUAUGUUUUAUCUUUUUUUUAUUUUUUACUCCUCGUAGUUUUCGGGUGUUUCGUUACGAUUAUUAUAAAUACCGACACACUUGCCUGACUUUGCUGGUGAAAAUAAUCAACACGAGCAAUUAAAUUGGAGUUAAACUCAGUCAGGAUGAGCACAGAAACGAGGGACGCCGUCAGCAACGUCGAGACUGAAUUUCUGGAGAUAAAUUCAAAAGGAGCUUGGGCGAUUUUAUACCAGCACAUUCGUAAUGAGUCGAGUAAUUACGAUUACUCGUGCAAUGAAUCGAAAAAAUUGCAAAAUAAAAAUCUUAAUCGGUACAGAGAUGUUGCGCCUUAUGAUCAUACGAGAGUCAUUUUGAAAAGAGGCUCUUGUGAUUAUAUUAAUGCGAAUCUUGUUAAGAUGGAAAAAGCACACCGACAAUAUAUUUUAACUCAAGGACCAUUGCCAUGUACAGCUGGACACUUCUGGCUGAUGGUUUGGGAGCAAAAUUCAAAGGCCAUCCUCAUGCUGAAUAAAGUAAUUGAGAAAGAACAAGUAAAGUGCCAUCAAUAUUGGCCACUCGGUGGCUCCAACAGCACAAUGACAUUUUCGGAUGUUAAUUUAAAAGUUGACUUCGUUAAGAAAAUCGAAACCUCUCACUAUACAACCAGUACACUAAGAUUGACGGACCUUGAGACAAAACAAAGCAGAGAAAUUUUGCAUUUCCACUACAUCACCUGGCCAGAUUUCGGAGUACCCCAAAGUCCAGUAGCAUUUUUACGGUUUUUAGUUGACGUAAGAAAAUCCGGCGCUCUCGAUUCAAAUGUCGGGCCGCCUAUUGUUCAUUGCUCCGCUGGAAUCGGUCGCUCUGGGACAUUUUGUCUCGUGGAUACUUGCCUUGUUUUGAUUGAAGAAAAUGGAUUGAACUCAGUAAAUGUCAAAGAAGUUUUACUAGAAAUGAGACGAUCGCGCAUGGGAUUGAUUCAAACACCAGAUCAACUUCGGUUUUCAUAUGCAGCAAUUAUUGAAGGAGCUAAACAAUUGCCAUCAAAUAACAAUCUGGAUGAUGGCAUUGAAAUAAUAAAUCAUUACGAUGUUGUAAACAACGAUAUCAUGAAUUCAUCUCAAGAAGAAGACGAUGAGCCGCCACCAUUACCUCCACCACGGGGUGACAGUCUUACAAGAAGUAUGAUGUCUGAUUUGACACCGAGUCCUGUCUCUGAAAAUGAAAAUGGAACUGGUCCACCCAAUAAACCAUUACCCAUGGAACCGCCGAUACUAAUUGACAAUAUUAAUAAACUACCGACCACAAAUUCAAAUAACGUACACGAAAAUAAUGUCGACGCGGUAGAGGAAGAAGACAGUGAAAAUGCAUUACUCAGAGACAGUUCUCCACGUAGUGAUACAUCAGACACGAAAAAUGAAUUACGUCAACGUCAUCAAGAGAAGAAAGAUCGACUGGCAAAACAGGUGCGGGAAAUGAAACGUCGCCAACAGCAAACGGAAAAUUGGCAAAAAUUCAAGAGAUCAAAAAGCGAAACAACGGAAUCAGUUCAAGUGCACGAGGAAGCUGACUCUACUUGAUGACUCAAAUAAAAGAAGAAUAAAUAAUUUUUUACGUAAACUUAAUAAACUUAUAAUAAAAAGCAAUAAAAAUACGUAAAAAAAUU